UCGGAUGAGGGCUCCAUAAUGAAUUUAAAUAUAUAUAGAUAAUAGUUUUGGGGCAUCGACCUUCUUGAGAUCCUAUAAAAUAUGUUUUAAUUAUUAUUUAUGUACGUUUUAAGCAUGAUAAAAUUAGAAAUUUUAUAUAAGCAAUCAUAUUAAAUCGACAUGAAAGUCAAUAAAUAAUGUACAACCCAAAACAGACGGCCGAACUGACGUGACAAUGACAUUUGGCGCGCAAAACAUGGCGGAUUUUCGGCCUCAUUAGACGGAGACGGAGACAUUUACGUAUAUUCAUGUUUCAUUUUAUGUACGCACUGAAAUACUGUUAUAUUGUUUUCUUGCGAGUUAAAGUGCUGAGUAAGAACGAGAUAGAUAUAUGUUUAUGUGUGUGCCUUCAAAAUGGGUGCUAUUUAUAUAAGCAAUUGUACGUAUAGAACAAUAUGUCGUGUCCCUACUAUAUAGGUCUAUGGUUAAGAAACACUAUUGUAAAGUUUUGUUAACAGAUGACAGUAUUUGGGGCAUAAACAGCGGUCAAAAAGUACUUUAAAAAUGGAUUUAAAUAAUAAAUUUAUAUUGUCAUAGUUCCAUUCACAAAACCCUAUACACCGCCAUCUACACAGGAUUGAUUUAAGCUUUAUGUCACUAACAACUUUAUGUAUCCAGCUGUAACACUAAACCCACCUUGGGUUUGGAAUUCGGAUUGUGAGACAGGUUAAUCGAACGAAGUUAUACAAUUUAAGUUCUCUCAUACGGACGAUGAAAAAAAAAGACCAUACGUUCUGCCUGGUGGUGAGUGGAUACUGCCAAUAAUGAAAGUCGGGAAUGCCCGAAACACAGCUAAGUCGCUUCUUGUCAACUCGAAUGGUACGCGGAUGAAUGCUUUGGUUCCAGAUAGUAGAGAGAACUUCUGUUCUUAUGACAGAUCCGGAAGCACCGGAAGGAUCCCUGACCAUGAUUUGGAGAAAAGCCGUGAGAUAAACGAAUACCUGAACUUCAAGGAUAAACCUAAGAAAUCAAAUUUUAUCAAAGACUACAUCAUAGAUUACACAGCGAAUUCAAAUCUGCACGGUCUUAAGUACAUCGGUGAAAAGGAACGGACUAUAGUUGAGAAAAUAUUUUGGUUGUUUGCAUUCAUCUGCUGUUUAGUGAUUUGCGCUGGACUAAUAGGAAAACUGUGGAAUAAAUGGAACGUGAAUCCCGUCAUCGUUAGCUUUGCGGAAAAUCCGACACCUGUGUACCAGAUACCUUAUCCGGCUGUAACACUGUGUUUUGAAACGAAAGCUAUGCAAAGGAAAUUUAAUUUCACAGAAUACUAUCAUCUUUAUAACAAUACUGAAACGUACUCAAAUCUUACGGAACAAGAACGACACCUUUUCGAAGAUGUGUCUAUGGUUUGCGACGAUCACUUAGCACCACGAAAGGGUCGGAAAACUUCGUCUGGAUAUGAAUUGGUCAAUCACAUAACGGAGAUUUCGCCAAAUCUCACGGAUGUAUUCUUAGGUUGCAAAUGGAAAGACAUAACGAAACCCAACUGCUCCGAUUUAUUCUCGCCGAUAAUUACCGAGGAAGGCCUAUGUUACACUUUCAAUACUCUAGGAAACGAUGAACUUUUCCGAACUGAGAAUUUGCACAGCGACUAUCGAUAUUUAGAGCACGAAAACCUCGUGGGGUCAUGGUCUUUAGAUGGCGGCUAUGAGCCAAACACCCCCAUAGAAACUUACCCGCACCGAGGAUCUGGGUACGGAGCAAAAUCUGGAUUGACGAUGUUAUUGAAAGCUGCAAAUCUUGAUCUUGACUACCUUUGUAAAGGUCCCGUCCAAGGAUUUAAAAUAUUGCUGCACAACCCAGCAGAACUGCCAAGAGUAUCGCAGCAGUAUUUCCGAUCUCCAUUAUCACAAGAAGUUGUGGUAGCUGUGAAACCUAAAAUGAUGACGACUUCGGAAGGAUUACGACCAUACGAAGCGAAAAGGCGUCUAUGUUAUUUCCCGAAUGAACGCUAUCUCCGCUACUUCAAAGUGUAUACACAAGCUAACUGUGAGAUGGAAUGUUUAUCCAACUUCACGUAUACGAGAUGCGGCUGUGUACAUUUCGGGAUGCCACAUGAUUCUAACAUGUCCGUGUGCAACGCGGGCAGCAUGCCGUGCAUAAAACAUGCUCAAAUGGAUCUUGUGACGAUAGCGAUAGAAACUGGUUUGGACGACUCAUUCGAUGCUGAUGCUCUAGACAACGCAAAGAAGGUGUCCGCAAAAUGCGACUGCCUUCCAUCCUGCACCUCCAUAGAAUAUGAAGCUGAAACAUCCCAGGCGGAUUUCGACUGCCUUGCGCUUUUCAGAGCCUUUAGAUAUAAUGUUUCUGAAUUUGUAAAAGAUGUCAGCUACGCUCGAAUUAUGAUAUUCUUUAAAGAAGCACAAUUCAUAACAUCGAGACGAUCGGAACUUUACGGUCAAACAGACUUCCUGGCCAACAGCGGAGGUCUGCUGGGUCUGUUCAUGGGUUUCUCGUUUUUGAGCCUCAUCGAAAUAGUAUACUUUUUAUCCUUAAGAAUCAUCUGUGUCCUCUUCAAGCGAAAAAACAAAAAACAGAUGAUGAAUUUCCCAAAAGAUAAUCUCACCAGUCCCGAGUUCUACAAAUCAUCAAAUGAAUAAAAAGAUCUUGCUUGCUUGUUAGGAUUAAAUCUAGUUUUUUAAAUGAUUAACUUUGUAUUUCUCUAGUCUACUAUUUUGCUCUAGAAUGCGUUAUAUUCUUAUCAUGUAACAAUUUUAUGCCUCUAUCUAUUUAAAUUGAAAUUUACUGCAUUUUUCAUGUUUUGCAUUUUUGAACGGUUGUAAUUACAAAAUUAAAAUGCAAAAAUGUAGGUAGUAUGUAAUUUUUAAGCAAAGUGCUUAUUAUUUGCACUACAUCACCACAAGAAUAUUAAGAUAUUUUCACAAAAAAAUGCAAUUUGUAAAAAAAAAUUAAACAGACACUAAUGGAAAUUACCGGAUAACGUACCGGUAUAGCAAAAAGGGCCCUGUUUCGAUCGCAUCUGGUCCGAUAGACACAUUUCCAUAAAAACCAAGCGUAAACUUGUGACAAGUUUGGUCUUUUCUAUGUUAUAAUAUGGGGCGGAGACAUGGACUCUAAAGAAGGCUGAUCGAAGUCGGGUCGACGCAUUUGAGACAUGGUGCUGCGGUCAUGCUGCGGAAAAAGCAAUUUCUUGGAAGUUACAUCGGACCAACGCAUCAAUCCUGGAAAAACUAGGCAUCUCAUUAAGACGACAUUGGACUCCAGCAUCAAUGUCGCUAUCCACUGUGCAGAGGACAGGAUAGAAUGGAGGAACAUAAUCCGAACAAAAAUGCUCCGUAAAAAUCAGGACCCUCAACACUAGGGAAUAGGAUGUAAGGAGGAAGCAUGUCAAUUAUUUCGUUCUAUUUUCGUGUCACUUUAUAUUAAAACUUUUGUGAAACUAGCUUUCUGUCCCGGGCUUAGCAACUAAUUUUUCCUUACCCAGGGUUCAAACUAUUUCCAUAGCAAAAUUUGUCAAUAUCGGUUCACUGAAACUCAGAUAGAUAACAAACAUAAGCUUGUUGUGCCGAUGAGUAGGUUACAUAAGAUACGAAAUUCAUUCGGGCGUUUGUCUGUGCGCCUGUACAACAAAAUCCCACAAGAUGUUCAGAACCUACAUAUACAUAGGUUUAAGAAAACUAUUAAAGAACAUCUGUGCAAUAAAGCUUACUAUAAAGUCAAUGAUUAUCUAGAAGAUUGCACAAAGUGGGAAUGAGUUGCUCGCUCCGGGCAUUUUAAUAUUAUAAUAAUUGUUACGUUAUAAUACUCAUUGUAAAAAUUAAUAUUUAAAAAAAAAAAAAUUAAAUAAAAAAUCUAAUAGUAAACAAAAUCUAAUAUUAAAAAAAAAGACAUGCCCGCUGAGUUUCUUGCCAAUUCUUCUCAGGACGGAGGCUAGUUCUUGUGAAUUGGCGGUAGUUCUUUUGACGUUCAACAAGUAUGUACUUUCAUUUAAGUUGAAUUUUUUUGAUUUGAUUUGAUUUGAGUGAGGGUUACUUUCAUAUUAAUAGUAUUAAAUUACUGAACAUCAUAAACAUUUUUUUAAAUAAAUUACAAAAACCGAUAAAUGGUGAUAGUUUCUUUGUGCCAUUUUUUUAAAAUCCUAAUUCUCAAGCCUUAAUUCUGCUCCAAAUUAAUUAUUUACCUGUGAAUAUUACAUGAAAAUCCGUUCUGUAGUUCCGGACAUGUGCGCGAACAAACAGACAGACAGAUAAAAACAAUUCUAAAAUCAGAUCUAAUCGCUGAUUUCUGUUCUAUUGCUCUUUUUAGGUACCUCCUUUCUAUUCUAAUUACUUUUCUUCAAUGAACAUACACGCCGGAUUCUGUUAAAACUAUAAAUAUUGAUUUAAUUAAUUACAUGUGACACUUGAAAAACUUAAUAAAUAAAUUAUGAAAUUGAAUUAAAA